CAACAUAAAAAUGAAACCUACUGAACAAAAAACUCCGAAGCUUGUUGAGACAUCACCAAAUAUAUCGACAGAUUCAUCAGCAUCCGAGAAAGGAGAAGCAACAAGUCAACAACAAUCCAACAAUGGCUAUGCACUCACAGUUGACGAGGUGAUCGAGCAACACAUCGGAGCACUAGGGUUUGGUCAGAUCGUGCAUGCUCUUUUGGUCUCUAUUGCUUGGACCUUCGAUGCUCAGUCCACUCUUAUAUCCAUUUUCUCAGACGCUAAGCCCGCUGCGAGGCUUCUCACAACAGGAGCCAUCGUGGAAGGCUCGAUGUUGUGUGGACUGUCCACCGGAGAGUGGGAAUGGGUUGGAGGAAAGAGCGACACUAUUGUUUCAGAAUGGAAUCUUAUAUGUGAACAUAAGUUUCUUGUUGCUCUACCAUCCACUCUAUUCUUCAUCGGAUCUCUUUUCGGUUCUGGAGUUUAUGGAUAUCUUGCUGAUUCAUGGUUCGGUCGGAAAAAGACACUUCUUAUCUCUUGUCUAUUAACGUUUGUCACAGCUUUAGCGAUCUCUUUUUCUCCAAACAUAUGGGUUUACGCGUUCUUGCGUUUUGCCAACGGAUUCUUUAAAUCAGGAAUCGGUUCUUGUUGUAUCGUGCUUGCUACAGAGGUCGUCGGUAAAAAAUGGCGUGGGCAAGUAGGCCAAUAUGGUUUCUUCUUCUUCACGUUAGGGUUUCUGUCUCUACCACUCAUGGGUUACUUGGAGAGAAAGUCAUGGAGAAACCUUUACAGAAUCACAUCAAUUCUUCCUCUUGGAUACGCUGUUUUCCUCUUGCCAUUUGCCUAUGAGUCACCUCGAUGGCUUCUUGUUAAAGGACGUAACAAAGAAGCCAUGGUGGUCUUGAAGAAACUCGCGAGGCGCAACGGGAAACAACUUCCAUCUGAUCUAAGCCUAGUCGAUCUGAAACAAGGACGAGAUGAUAGAGCUUCGUCGUCAUCAGAGAAAUUUUGGAGAACUAAGUGGGCAGUGAAGAGGAUUGUAAUUGUGAUGAUGGCUGGAUUUGGCACUGGUUUUGUUUACUACGGUAUUCAACUAAACGCUGAGAAUCUCAACUUCAAUCUCUACUUAACCGUUGCGGUCAAUGCUUUGAUGGAGUUUCCAGCGGUUUUCUUCGGAAGCUUCCUCUUAGGGGUCAUGAACCGUCGUCCAUUGUUCUCAAUCUCAUCAUACCUAGCUGGAACCGCGUGCUUACUCUGCGCGGUCCUCUCGCUCCAUCGUGUGACCACUGUACUACCUGCUACCAAAUGGCUGCAGCUAGCUGUUGAGGCAGUUGGGUUCAUGGCGUCCUCAACGGCCUACGAUGUCCUAUAUGUCUAUGGCGUCGAGCUGUUCCCAACAAAUGUGAGGAACUUUGCGGUUUCGCUGUUGUGUCAAGCGUUCAUGCUGGGAGCAUCUGCAGCACCGUUGCUAGUUGCAUUGGGACGAGAAAACGCCAUGAUGUCUUUCAUUGUUAUUGGCGCGGCGUCCGUGUUGAGCGGUGUGGUGAGUCUAUGGCUAAAAGAAACGCGAAACGCUCCACUUUAUGAAACACUAACGCAGCAGGGGAAGGCUGAAGAGAUGGAGAACAAAACGGAAUGUUCUUGAUCACUAGUGAUGUUCCUUUACAAUAUUUGUCCAAUAAUUGGAAAAGAAAAUGUAACAUAUUUUGGUUUUUUCCAUCAAGAUGUAUGAAACGUUGACUGAUAAUGUAAAUAAUCGGAACCAAGAAUCCGACAGACUAUGUUUUAAGGAUUGAUUGUAGAGACAGGACAUAGAAUGGAACUCACAUUUAACAGCUGGUAAAGCAAAAA